CGCGAAAAAGCGUUGCAAAACUUCGGCUUCGAAAAGAUCCACAGCGAGCUCAUUCGAGCGAUGGGCGUAGAUGAUGAUGAUGACAUUCUCCGCGGUUAUAUCGAGCUCUCCGCUAAGUUAAUUUCGUUCUUCCCAUACUUACAACGUGUAAAUCUUGUAGGAAAUCACGGCUCCGAUCCAGAUGAUCACAAGCAACUUCAUGCAAAGCGAUUAUUUUUGAUUCGCUAG